ACUCAGCUUUGUCCGAAGUUACUGCCGGAUUGUAUCAUUGACAGCAGUGACACGUCAGACCCUGCCGUAGGGCUCAGCUUGACAAUUAAUCUGAAUGGACUAUUGGGAUCAAUGGAAACAACCAAAGGAAUAUCAGGAUCAGAGGAAGUAAAGGAGCAACCCUCUAUGGAUUUCGAUGGAGAGGCAGACCUGGAUAGCUUUCCUAUUCUGGUCAGGUCCAUGUCAACGUCUCGGAGGCACAGCUGGGGUGUCCCUGUGUCCCCCAUUACCCUGGGGAGGAGACUGAGCCUGGAUACCAUGGCCAUGGACAGCGAUGGGGAGAGAGAGGACGAUGACGAGGAGGAGGGACAGAAAAGUCUCUUCCAGUCCACCCAGCAGCAGACCUACAGCUGCACAGCAUAUCCUGAAGACGAGACAGACGGCCCCAGGCUGAAGGUCCCCUGUCCAAGAGCCAGGGUCACUAGCAUGGCUGCUGGUGGGCUUGGCAGGCCUCUGUACUCCCGCUCAGAGAUCCUCGCCACAGACGAAUGUUCCCGUGCUGCUCACAUUUCUCGUGUUGUGCAGACAUCCAAACAGGCUGCGAGGGCAGCAGGAGCAGAGGAGUUCGACCCAGAAGAAAACUUACACUCUACUGAAGGACACAUAGCGAAGCAGAGGAACAACCGAUCAGACUCGAAAGUUUCAGAAAAUGUCACUUGGUACGAGUUCCUCUCUAACGAGAAUGAAGAAGAAGACGAUCGUGCGGAGAAGGUUGAGAAAGGCACCAAGGUGAAGAGGACUCUCAGCUCUCUGAGGAACAGGGUGACUGGCUCCUUCAAUAAAGAUAAGGGUAAGAACCGAGAAAAAGAGCAGCAGAAAGAGAGGGGGAAGGAGAAGGAGCGGGAGGCCAAAGAGAAAGAGAAAGUGUGCAGUAGCAGCAGCAGCAGCAGAGGCAGUAGCAACGGGCAUUAUUUGAUGCCAGGCGCUUUCUCCAAGAAUGCCACCUGCUCACUGUGCAGCAAGACCCUGCAGAGAAAGCAUGGCCUGCAGUGCAUGAAUUGUGCUGUGAACGUUCACAAGAGCUGCAAGUCUCUGCUGGGUGACUGCAGCAGCAACAAGAAUAAGAGAGAUUCUCAACCAAGGACCGGCCCGUCAGGAUCUCCUAAUCUUGCGCUAAAGGACUGGGACAGAGAGCGGGAGCAUUCGGGCCCAGCCUCAUCACAGGCCCUGGAUGGCCACCCAGGUUUGCUCAGCACCCCAGGCAUGACCAUUAGUGCGUGGGGACCUAGCACUCAGCCGACUGCUGCUCAUAGCACCAGCUCCACCGCAGCCUCUAGCUUUGGCCAGAGCCUCCGUCACGACAACAGCUCAGGAUCCCUCCCCGGGGAAAUGGACGAGACAGAUGCUCUCCGCUCCAAACGCUGCAACGAAGACGCCAUUUCCCUCGCUCCCUCCACCACUGAGUCCAUCAUCGUUGAAGAUGCUCAUUAUGCAGCAGUGCGGGCUGAUCUGGAGGCUGAUGCCCAGGACCUGGAGGCAGAGUCAUGGAGUUUGGCAGUCGACCAGCAGUAUGUUAAGAAGCAUUCUAAAGAAUCGGUGAAGAGACAGGAUGUGUUAUAUGAGCUGAUGCAGACGGAGAUGCACCAUGUGCGGACACUGAAGAUAAUGCUGCGUAUAUACGUCCGGGAGUUGAAGGAGAACCUCCAGAUGGACUCGGGGAGGCUGGACUGUCUGUUUCCCCGCUUGGAAAACCUCCUCGAGCUUCACACACAUUUCCUAUCUCGUCUCAAAGAGCGGCAGCGAGAAAACCUCGUCUCACCCAGCGACAGGAACUAUACCAUCAACAGAGUGGCGGACAUUCUGAUCGCACAGUUCUCAGGUGAAAUAGGAGAGAGGAUGAAGGACAGCUACGGAGAUUUCUGCAGUCACCACACUGAGGCUGUCAGCUACUACAAAGAACAGCUGCAAAACAACAAAAAGUUCCACAACAUCAUACGGAAAAUCAACAACCUGUCCAUUGUGCGGAGGUUAGGAGUGCCCGAGUGUAUUCUCUUGGUGACGCAGCGCAUCACCAAGUACCCAGUGCUAGUGGAGCGCAUUUUGCAAAACACUGAAGCGGGUACAGAGGAGCACGAGGAUCUGACUCGGGCUCUGGGUCUAAUUAAAGACACCAUCGUUCAGGUUGACGCGCUGGUUAAUCUCCACGAGAAGAACUCUCGACUCCGAGACAUACACAACAAGAUGGAGCCAAAGGCGCUGGGAAAAAUCAAAGAUGGACGAGUGUUUCGCAGGGAAGACCUGGCGCAGGGCAGAAGACGGCUGCUGCACGAGGGCACAGUCAACUGGAAGGCUGCUUCUGGCAGGCUCAAAGAUAUUCUCGCAGUGCUCCUGUCAGAUGUGUUGCUCUUGCUACAAGAAAAGGAUCAGAGAUACGUAUUCGCUACAGUGGAUAACAAGCCGUCAGUGAUCUCCCUUCAGAAGCUAAUUGUCAGGGAAGUGGCUCAUGAGGAGAAAGCCAUGUUUCUUAUCUGUGCCUCCUCCAAUGAGCCCGAGAUGUACGAGAUCCACACCACCUCCAAGGAGGAGCGAAACACUUGGAUGGCACACAUACGGCAAGCGGUUGAGAGUUGUCCUCAUACAGAAGAGAGGCUCUUCAGCGAGGAGGAAGAUGCAAGGGCUUCAAGGUUCAAAGAAUUUCAAGAACGGCUGAGCAAGAAGGAUGCAGUGGUCGUCCAGGCUCUUACUGAGAAGCUGCAGCUGUUUGCGGAGAUGGCAGAGUCCGUGGCAGGUUUAGAGGACACAGCGUCACGUUCCAGACUUCUGCUUCGAGGAGACGCCUCAGACCUCCAGCAGGGGGAGGCCCUGCUCAAAGGAGCGAUUACUGAGGUGGAGAAUCUGCAGAACCUGCUGCAGUCUGGGGUGAGGGAGGAGGCACCACCCUCGCGACUGGAGGAAGGGGGCGGCUCGGGGCUUCUGCCCAGGCGAGCGGACACCUUUGGGGGCUAUGAUAGCAGCCCCACCAUCCUCAAUGGCAGUGUGAAGAAGAACUUUUCUGGCGAGUCCAGAAACAGAGACAGAAGCCAGAGAGCCAGUUCUGACCCUCAGCUCAAAGACCUCUGUGGCAGCCACACCCUGGAGCAGACGGUUGAUGAGAGCUGCUGCACUCCCGCCAGAUGGAACCGCAUCUGGUCCAACUCCUUCCCCGAGGCUGAGUUCUUCGACAGAGUGCUGAUGCUCUCCCAAAGGCUCUAUAGUCUGCAGGCCAUCAUAUCACAACAGGACAGUCACAUUGAGCUGCAGCGAGCCUCGUUGACAGAGCGGGCCUCCCUGCCCGGCCGCCACAGAGGGAAUGUGCUCCUGGAACAGGAGAAGCAGCGGACUCUGGCUCUGCAGAGAGAAGAGCUGGCGAGCUUCCACAAGCUGCAGUCUCAGCACCGGCAGGAGCAGCAGCGCUGGGAGAGGGAGAGGGAGAGGCACCGGCACCAAGUUGAAGCCACCGAGGCCCGGCUCCGACAAAGAGAGGAGGAAUGCAGACGGCUGGAGGAGCAACUGGCAGAGGAGCGGCGGGAGCUGGAGAGUCAGAGGGAGACGUACCAGCAGGACCUGGAGAGGCUGAGAGAGUCCACCAGAGCUGUGGAGAAAGAAAAGGAACGCCUGGAGCACCAGAAGAAGAUCAAGAGGAAGACUAUUGAGGUGGCUCCUAUGUCCGGCAGUCUGAACGGGGAGCUGCUCCUGUCCUCUGGCCUCAACACCUCCACCACUGUCGCCGACCUGCCGCUGCCUCAGAAGCCCCUGGUGCGCGCCAGCCUGUCUGUCGCACCGGCCGACUAUCCAGAGCGCCCUGAAGUGAUGCUGCGGCGGGACACAAGCUCUUCCACCUUGCCACUAAAGACGGAGGUGCCGCUUCACCUCUUCAGCACCACCAACCAGCAGCACAAACUGGUGGGGGUGCAGCAGCAGAUCCCCACCAAGCUGGCUGCCUUCAGCAGCGGCAAAGGGAAAGGAGGCAAGAUAGGCAAAGCCUCACAUCGCACAGACAGCACUGCCUCAGUGGAUAUGAAGCAGAUGCUGCCGCUGAAGCUGUCCGCCCGAGACGACAACGCCCUCAAGGCCAAGCGCUCCAUCAGCCCCCACCAGCAGCUCCCGCUGUCAGCCCCUCCUCAGCCUCAGUCCCUGCAUCAGCACGCAGAUCAACUCAGUCCCCCAGACAGCGCCGGGCCAGACACCCAGUCCACCUCCUCCAUCAGCACCUCCCACCCUCCAAAUGUCCAGAAGCCCCCCAUGCCUCUUUCACAGUCUCAUCCUCAGCCCUCUGUGCAGCCUCCCGCCAUCCCUCCCCACUCUCAGAGCACCGGCUCCCUCCAGUUCCCAUCACAUCUGCAGCAGCACGGCCACAGUCCCAACGCUCAGGCACAUGUCCAGGUAAAUGUUCACGGGCUCACUCACAGCCACAGCAUGCCGCCACCUUACAAGAUUGCCACAGAGGACCUCAAUAAGGAGGACGUCAUCUUCUUCUAAACUGCAGUCUGCUGCCCUCAGAUCAACCACUAAUCACAAAAACAGAAAAAAAAGAAGAGAAUUAUGGGAUAGUUGCAAAUUAACGAUGUGUCAGCCUCCAAGAAGCCACUUAAAUGCGAUAAUGUGAUGUUGAUGGUUGUUGAGUGUAGGCAGCUGUGGUGUUACUAAGGGCUGGUCAGGUAAGACGGUUUAAGUAUCUUUACACAGCAGCAAUCCACAGCAGAAAGCAGAACCUUUGUCAGCACUUCUGUGGUCCACACAGAAAGAAAAAAUGAUCUUGAAGGAAAGAUGACAUUUCUAUUUUAACAAUGCUAUGUUUUUAAGAUGCCACAGUUUCUUUUUAUUUAAGUUUUAGUUUAAGUUUUUAACUCAAGAGGACAACAAGUAUGAGGAGGAAAACAAAGACUUCUUCUAACGUGUUGGAAAAGGUUUAAAUGAAGUUUAACCAAUCCAAAGACAUUAGCUGCGGGAGCUGAUUUGACUGAAAAGGACAAUAUGAAAGAAAAAUGGUCGGGUGAUUUUCAGACUCCGGUCAGGCUGGUCUGUGAUGUGGGGGAAAAAAGCGAAAGGUGCAGCGAUGGCGCUCUGGCCUUAACCAUCUGCAUCUUCUGGACCUGGAUUCGCAAGAAAUGAUUCAACAGGAAGUCAGAAAUGAUCCAACUCUUAAUACAGGAACACUUUCUGCUUGAUGUUUCAUUUGCACAAUGUAAAUACUCCAUUCCAGACUAAUGAAUGAGCUUUUAUGGACAACAUGUUUUUCGUUUGGUUUUACACGUGUCAAAAUUUUUGAAGGUUCAUUUCAUUGUGUUGUUCUUGUUCUUCUUAACCACGCGGUGGAGUACAUUUCAAGUGUUGCCACUGGUUGUGAAACCUGAAACAGGAGUUAUUUUUUCAGACUGGUGUGUAAUAAUUCAUUUCAAAUAAGGGAGAGUUCAAUUUGCGGCAAAUUCAUUUUUUUCCCCCAACUCAUGCAGAGUGAACAAACUCAGGGAAGUCUUUAUUAUGUCUGCACAGUUUGAAAUUGUGUCUCAAAGGCCUUUGCACACUGAGUCUGUUUUUUUUGUUCAAAAUUAUCACACGUCUAAAAAUCCAUGAGAGACAUUUGACCAGGAAUCAGUGAAGAAAAUGUAGCAGCGGGACACAGCCAUGACAAGACAGAGGAACAGGGUGCACACAAUCAUUUCAUAACUCAGACAGCUCACUUUCAACAGGUCAGAUAGAAACAUUCAGGUGGAUUAUGAUGAAGAGGAGGUGGAUGUAGACCACACAUAAGAUGUGGAGGACAGCUUAGCUCUGUCAUGCAGCUGUGGUGCCAAAUGAAAGACGGAGGGAGUGGUGACAGCCAGAUUGGUAACUCCAGUUUAGAGAGGCGGAAAGGAAAGGAGGAAAUGUGUCUUUUGAUUUUGUCACAUAUUAGGAAUUUUCACAACAAAUACAACAAUAAAACGCAUCAGAAUCUGUUUGCAAGGUUUCUUUGCGUAACGAUUUUUUCAGAUGACGGAUUUAAAAAAUGCAUCGGAAAGAAAUGGACUCAGUGUGCAAAGGCCUUUACUUGCAUUAUUCUCAAAAACACAGGUUUUACUGUACAAUCAUUAUUCUUGCAUUAAUAAUAUUCCUAAAAAAACAUUUCACAAGUACAUUUUGUUGCAUAAUUUAAUACAGAAAUUUACAACAGAUAAAUAUGUACAUUUAAUCAUGUACUUAAAUUAAAUUAGCCUUCAGACUUUAAGAGUUUAAAGGUGUAUUUGAAUGUAGAACACAAUUGCGCACACUCUGGCUCAAUAUGCAUUUCUUUUAUUUUGAUAAUGUUUCGAUCUUUGGGCCAUCUUCAGGAUCAACAAACAUAUGUGAUAUAUAUGUCAUAUACUUCCCAAACUUUUAGCAGAGCUGCUCUUGACCCUGUAGGAAAUGAGCUCAUCUUUGCAGCACACUGCACCGUGUAGACAUCAAAAAAGCCUCGCUGAGUUUGUUCCACUUCAUGUCAAGUAUCCCUUUAAGAGACACAUCUUUGAGAAACACAUCUGUUGCCAUUUAAGUGGAACCGUAGUGCACUGUGUAAUUCAUGACAUUUCAUGCUGCAUGUUGUUUUAAGGGCAAAAUUAACUUUUUAUUUUGAAAAAAGAGAGAAGAUUUGGGGUUAUAAACUUUCAAGACGACAAAAAUAAUCACAAGUUUCAUACAGAGUUUAAAUGCACUGGAAAUAUUUAACCCAUCAUCAUAAUAACAGAAAUAUGACUUUCUGAUUUUGCACUAGUUGAUCCAGUAAAAUAAAGGCCUCUAUGUGUUAUCUCCAGAUGAGUCAGAUAUUGACAGUAAGGCCCCACUGUGCAUACUGGAGUUAAAACUGGUGUCAACACUGUUUUAUAUCUCUCAGUCUCUGUUAUUCUGGAUUGGCUUCACUGAUAUGAUGCAUCAUAUUAUAAACUACACAUUCUCCCUCUUUAACCACACAUAUAUAGUAUGUACAGUAUUCUGGAGAAAUGUGUUCAGAACAUUGAAGCAGUUUAAAGGUUAUGGAUUGUAGCCUAAUUUUUCACUCAAGUCAGGAAAUGAAAAGUUCAGCGAGUCACACUUUU